CCCGGGGGCUCCGCGCCCCCCGCGCCCAGGUCCCUCCCCCUUGGCGGGCGCUCGCAGGCCGCGCGGGCAGCGCGGGAGCCCCGGCGGCCUGUGCGCCCCCAGCCGGCAUGGACCCCGAGCGCUGCGCGCCCUUCGCCUUGGGGCCGGCGCCUGGCCCCUAUGCGGCCUCUGGGGACGAGCCUUCAGGCCCCCAGGGGAACCCCGCUGCUGUGUCUCACCUGCACCCCGCGCCGCCCCGCGGCCCACGGCUGACCCGCUUUCCGGCCUGCGGGCCCCUGGAGCCCUACCUCCCGGAGCCUGCCAAGCCGCCCGCCAAGUACCUGCAGGACCUAGGGCCCGGCCCAACGCUCAACGGCGGUCACUUCUACGAGGGCUCCGCGGAAGCUGAAGAGAAGGCCGCCAAAGCCGCCAGCUUCCCCCAGCUGCCCUUGGACUGUCCCGGCCGCCCCACAGACGUACCCUCCACCUUGCAGGGCUCCCCGAGCCCCUGCCUGGCCAGCCUGCGUGUCCCCCUCUCCCCGGGACUCUCAGACUCCAUGGAGUUGGCCAAGAACAAGAGCAAGAAGCGCCGGAACCGCACAACUUUCAGCACCUUCCAGCUAGAGGAGCUGGAGAAGGUCUUCCAGAAGACACACUACCCUGACGUGUAUGCCCGGGAGCAGCUGGCUCUACGCACAGACCUGACAGAGGCUCGGGUACAGGUCUGGUUCCAGAACCGCAGAGCCAAGUGGCGGAAACGUGAGCGGUAUGGGAAGAUCCAGGAGGGACGAAACCCCUUCACGGCCUCCUAUGACAUCUCAGUGCUGCCCCGCACUGACAGCCACCCCCAGCUGCAGAACCCACUGUGGCCCAAUCCUGGGUCUGGGAGCCCAGGGGGGCCCUGCCUCGUGUCUCCAGAGGGCAUUCCCUCCCCGUGCAUGUCCCCGUACUCCCACGCCCAUGGCAAUGUGGCUGGUUUCAUGGGGAUGCCAGCCUCCCCUGCCACGCACCCAGGCAUCUAUUCCAUCCACGGCUUUGCCCCCACCCUGGGGGGCCAUGGCUUUGAGCCCUCUCCGGACGGCGACUGUAAGUCUCCAAGCCUCAUCUCGCUCAGGGUGAAGCCCAAGGAGCCACCCAGCCUGCUGAACUGGACCACAUGAUGAAGUCCCAAGGACACACAGAUGAGGCUGCCCACCCACUUUUGUUUCCCAAUGUUCCCCAUCCACCCACUUCCACCCCCAUGCCUGGACAUCAGGACAUAGCUCUGCCUCUAGGAAGUUCCAGGGAACAUGGGACUGCCACUGAGGCCCUCAGCUCCUGCCUAGGGACUUGCUAGUUCUUUGCUCCUGGAAUAAGCUGGGGAUGCCUGGGAUAACAGGGGUUUCAAGGCAGGUAGGACUGCACCUGCCACCCCAGCUCGCUCUCUCAGACUGGAUGGAAGACACUCCCGGAUUUCUCAGGGCUCUGUCCAGGUCUUCCUGUCAUUUCUGCAGCUGAAACAGCUUAACUGGCUCCUGGUCUGGGGAAGAGAUUGCAGACUGAGUUAGAACGAGCACUCUGGGACAUCAGGGCAGCCAGACUCUGCAGGGGCCAUCUAGGGUCGGCCUUGCCUCUGCUCCCUACCACCAGGGUGCCUGAACCCAAGCCUGGGAAGUAGAGGUCAGCACCCAGGUGCCCGGUGGCCUGCUCUAGCCGCCUCUUCCUCCUGCCCGUGCUGGUCUCCCCGACAUGCUCCAGGCUCAUCUUCCCCUCCAAGGGGACAAAGAUUCCACUGGAAGUCACCAGAUCCACCAGAUUCUCUUCCCUGGGAUUGGGCGGGAGCCGUGCCAUCAAGACUGCUUGAUGCUGGUUGUAAAUGUGUAUAUAGAAGAGGUGCCACCUUGCAUACUAAUAAAGGUAGCGAUGUUGUUCAUGCCUGCUCACAGUGUGCCCUCUGGCUGUGGCACAUGACUGCUUUAGAGGGUGUUUGUCCAGGACCCAGGCUAGCCCAAGACCCCUUUGAGAGGGGUUUGCAAGGGUCCUGGCCUGCAAGUCUGGCCCCAUCACCUGCCUCGCUAUCUGCAGCUUCAGCCGGUACAGGAGGCAGGAAGCAGAGCCCAGCUGUCGGGCCGGGCUUGGGCAGGGCUGGGGAAUGAGAAGAACUUGUGAACUGACUGUGGGAAGGAGCUGGAAUGAAAGAAGGGGGUACUACUGAAUUUUCAGGGCUGCCUAGGGGCCAGGAUCCCAGAGUGAAGGUGGGUCAGCAGCUCCCUUCCUCCCGGCACCCCAGGGCACCUCUGGGCUGUGGGCAGAGAUGAAAGCCAGAGCUCCUUCUCAGCCUAGCUGUUCUCUCCUUCACCCUCACUUUCUGCCUUAUCUCUAAGAGGCAGGAAGACAGAAGCAGGCCCGGCCCUCCCACUUUCCCCAUAAACACAACCACAUUGCUCAGAGUUCAUCCUCUGCCAGCAGCCCAAGAACACAA